AUGUCUCUUACAUCGACCCAAGAAACCCCCAGAGCAGAAACUCAAUACAUAUCACGAGUUGACAACAUACCCGCUGCCACCGUUCAAUGCCAUGCGUCAAACCUACUCGAACUGCCAGACAGAACGUUGCUUUGCGUGUGGUUUGGAGGAACCCAGGAAGGCUGCGCAGAUAUCUCGAUCUACGCAUCGAGAUUGGACCCCGAGGCCCCGUUGUGGACUCAACCCGUCCGUAUAUCAUCCGACGCCAGCCGCAGCGAACAGAACCCCAUUCUAUUCCGGGAUCCCGUCACAGGCGCCAUUUGGCUUUUCCACACUGCACAAUCAGCAGGGAACCAAGAUGAGGCUGCAAUCAUAGCUCGCAUCUCAAACGAUCAAGCAAAAACAUGGUCGGAGCCGUUCGAGCCCUUCCCCGGGAAGAAAGGCGUUUUUGUGCGGCAGCCUUUGGUCGUUCUCUCCGGAAAUACAUGGGUGUUGCCUAUCUUCUACUGCCGUGCGCCGCCUGGAUUUCGGUGGAUCGGGAGUGACGAUGUAUCAGCAGUCAUGUACACCAAAGAUGGCGGGAAGACAUGGGCCGAGAGCAGCGUGCCAAAUUCCAGAGGAUGCGUGCACAUGAACAUCGUCGCGCUUCCUGCGAAUAAAUCCUAUGUAGCGUUUUUCCGCAGCCGUUGGGCAGACCAUAUAUAUCGGGCUACCUCAGACGAUGGCAUCAGCUGGACAGCUCCCACCAAAACGACCCUCCCGAAUCCAAAUUCGGGAAUCUGCUCAGCUACAUUGCCGAACGGGAACCUCGUCAUUGUGUUCAACGAUUCGUGUGCAAGCGCCAGCAUGGCCCGAAGGGAAGGACUCUAUGAUGAUAUCACCCCGGCGGACGACACACGGGUGAACCAGCCAGGUGUUGAUGGGAAGACGGCGAUCUGGGGGACCCCGCGCAAAGCACUUUCUGUUGGCCUGUCGAAGGACAACGGUGUCACUUGGAAGUAUAGAGUACUGGAGGAUGGCGAUGGGUUCUGUAUGACGAACAACUCAAAGGAACGGUCAAACAGAGAGCUCAGCUAUCCCAGCAUCUAUGUGGACCGCACCUCGGAAAGCCAGAAGAGCGUUCACAUCGCCUACACGUACCAUCGGCAGAACAUCAAGUACGUGCAUAUUUCGGAUGUAGAGGCUUUCGUAAAUGAAUCGAUGUAG